GAGAACAUGACUUCUGUUAAAGAGCAGGAAGCUAUCAAGAAGCUCAUGGUUUUCUUGCAGGAGUGGGAUAGUGCCCACAAAGUUGCUCGAAGACGAAUCCUGGACAACUUCAUUAAAACCAAUGAUGGCAAGAUGGAACCAGAGCUGGAGCUGGAAUUCUCCCAGGGAGCCAGCUUGUUUCUGGCUCGCCUAACAGUAUGGCUCGGGAUGACCUACACAUACAGCACCUGCCUCAAUAAGUUGCUCAAGUCCAUUGGCAUUUUCCUAUCUGCUGCAAGUGGACGCAGGUACCUUAGUGAAUUUCUGGAGAUUGGCGGCGUCUUGAUUCUCCUGGAAAUACUAGGGCUGAACCACCUAACAGAAGAGAACAAAAGGGAGUCUGUAAAGCUGCUGCAGCUUGUCGCAGGCGCUGGCAGGAAGUAUAAGGAGCUCAUUUGUGAAAGCUACGGGGUGCAAUCCCUUGCUGAAUUCUUGGCCACUUCCAACUCAGCAGAAGCUCAAGAAGAUGUGCAGGUCCUGCUCGACACAUUGGGCCGUGGCAAUCCCAAGUACCAGAACCAAGUCUACAAAGGCCUCGUUGCUGUGCUGCUGUGCGUGUCCCCCCAUGCCGAGCAGCUAGCUCUGCAGACACUUGGCAUCAUGCAGGACAUGGUGGGAGAGGCACCUUCAACCCUCAUGGAGCGUGUGCUGGGCGUGCUGUGCUCGGUGCACCUGGAGGUCCAGCACGAAG